AAAUUGCUUUCAAAAGAAUUCAAACUCUUUCGUUAUACAGUACAUCAAUCGUUAUUCCAUUAGCCAACCGGAUUUUCAAGAGUACUUUGUGGUACCUAGUUUGAUUCUCUAGGUACCUAAAUACGUAUGCAUCGUUUUCGUUUCAUUUCAACCAAGUUGGAGUUUUUGGAACUUCAGUUGGCUGGUCAUUUGUUGCUUCAUUGAAACUGGGGCAGCCAAAAUGAAGAGAAUUUUGCCAAUUAAUUAUUGGUUCAAUCGACGAUUUUCGAUGGGAUUGUUUGUUUGAAAUUAGGUAUGUAAAAUCGCCUUACUAUAAAAUAGCUCGGAAUUACAACGAAAUGUCGUGGGAAUUGCGUACUUACAAUUAUCAGCAUCGUCAAUUCAAUUGAUCUCAUUUCAUCGAAACGGAAUAAAAUUCGCCAAGAAUUACCUAUACAAGAACGCACGAGUAAGAGAUGGGCGUUGAAAUGACUGAAAAUCUCCAAAAACUGAGGAAUAAAAUCCUCGUACGAGGGGAACCCAUCUGCGGUACAUGGCUAAUAUUACUCCACGCAUACUGCGCCGAGCACAUCUGCGGUUACUUAUAUUUUAUCAUCGGACCGAUCGGUUCAACUCUGAAUAUAUUCAACAUCAUCGUAUUCACCAGGAAAUCCAUGAUCUCGCCAAACAACCUGCUUUUCGCCAAUCUAGCCAUCGUCGACUUAUUCUGCAUAGUCGCCUACAUGGUACGCUCGUGGCACGAAUUCAUAAGACUGCAAAAGUAUUCUGUCAAAGAGCACAGAGUAUACGAAUGGGAAAUGGUUUCCCUUCAUGCUUGGCAUAUCGCCGGCAUAUUCCACGGAAUAUCAAUCUGGCUAACGAUCAUUUUAGCUGUUUGGCGAUACAUAGCUAUUGCACAUCCUUUAAAGGAACGCGAAUGGUGCAGCAUGAAAAACACCAGGAUUUUUAUAGCUGCAGGAUACGUGGUGCAUCCUUUGAUCUGGAUACCUGCUUAUUUCGAUUUCUAUGUCGGACCAUUAGAUACGUUACUGGAUAGCGAUGGAUAUCUAACCUCGAAUCAGACUAUCGGUAUUCCUAGCACGAUUUCAAAGAUGCAAAAUAUGAAAUUGAACAAAUUGCUUCGGUCGUUGCAUAUGGCAAUUUAUGGUAUUUUCUUGAAAAUUGUGCCGACGGUUGUACUGGCGAUUUACAGUUAUAAAUUGAUCGCAGCUCUCCUACGAGCCAAAAAACGUCGCCAAGAACUCACUGCCAAAAUGUACGAAAACAAUGCAGCAAACUCCAAGCAGAAGCAACCUACUGAUCGAACAGCAAAGCUAUUACUAGUUGUACUGGCCCUAUUUUUUAUAUCCGAAAUACCCCAUGGAAUAUGUUGCCUAUUGACAGUCAUUUAUGGUUCGAAGUUUAUCCUGGGGUGUUAUUUAUUUUUAGCUGAGAUAUUCAACGCUGUGACGUUAAUUUGCACGUCGGUUAAUUUUGUAAUUUAUUAUAUAAUGAGUCAACAAUUUCGAAACACUUUCAACGAGCUGUUUUGCUGUAAGUCACCCCGUGCUAAAAAGAAACAAGUUUUUACUUUGUCAGAGACUCCAUCGAGUCUCACGACCCUUAAUUCUACUCGAUCAUCGAGUGUUACGACUAUUACCUCGAUUCACAUGUAGUUAAACUAAUAAAAAUCUGAAGUUUACAAAAUAUAUUUUUCAUUCAUUUUUUUUUUUUUUUUUUUCUGAAAAAGUACAUGAACUGAAAAAUUGCUAAUUUUAAUCACGUGACACAUCCAACCAAUUUUCCGAAGAAAAUUCUCGGUUGUGGAAGUUUCAAGUUUCAAAAAUCUGCUAAAGGCUUCAGAACUCCUCAAAACUGGUUGAAAUCGAUUCAAAUCAAUUCGGCAGGUCGAAAAUAGAGAAUAUCCCAAAUUCCGGCUAUCUAGGUCAAUUUGGUAAAAUUUUGAGUUUUUUCCACAUUUUUGGCAACAUUUGAUUUUAAAAAAUUCACCAAAAAUCUAAAAAUACACUUUAGCACUUUAAAUUUUGGCUGGUGAUAAAUUUUUACGAGCUUUUUCGAUCUAGCUUUGUCCAGCUCAAAAAUUUUCGUGCGAGUUCUACAUUUGCUGGAAAGCAAAAUCUGCGAUUUGGGCUGACUUGUCAAUCAAAACGACCGCCAUUUUUUAGUAAGGCCAUUUUUUUGGUACUUAAGUCGGCUGAAAAUGAUUUAUUUUGUAUGGGUUCGCAAAAUCACGCUCGGAUCUCGUCUAAGUAUAGAUAACCACUUUUUGCAUCCGAAUCUCACCUUGAUUAGUAUUCUUCGUAAGAACAGGAAUGCGCCAAAAUCGAAUGCAUAAUAUUACUGCGCUUGUUUUCCAAACACAUACCCAGAUGAAUGGUUGGAUGAGGAUUUACACAAACACACAUGUACAGAUGAAACCGUUUUAAAAUGCAAAUUUUUGAUUUAGGUUUCAUUUUCUUUCGCAUAUGAGAAUUUGAAUUUUACGUAUGGACAUUGAUAAGUAAAUAUUUCACGUAGGUACCUUACCUAUUAAGAUGCUCAUUCGCAAUCGGUGAGUUUGUGUUUCGAUGUUGUGUUCAACCAAUUGAAUUCAUAAAUAAGAACAUUGGCGAAAUAUUAUUUAUACGAGUUAAUAGCAAUUUCUUCAUGGAUUUGUAAGUAUACUUUCAGAAAAUAAUUGUGGUUGCAAAAAUCAUACUGAAUUAAACCGCCAUUCGACGGAUUGGCGUGCGGCUACAAAAAAAAAAAAAAAAAAACUAGACAGCUGCGCUAAGCGCAGCUGUAACAGUGUGCGUAGCUUAUUUUGUUACAAAAGUAAAACCCAAUUUCAAAAAGAACAACGCAAUUUUGAUUUUGAAAGCACAACGCGAUUUGAAAAACCAAGCACAACGCGGUUUUGAAAAAAUGCAAUUGGGAUUUCAAAAGCAGAACACGAUUUUGAUUUUGAAAGCACAAUGCAAUUUUUAAAAAAACACAACUUCCAAACAAAGCAGAACACGAUUUUGAAAAAAGAAGCACAACAAGAUUUUUUAAAAAAGAACACACAGCGCAAUUUCAAAAAAAAAACAAAGCAAUUUUGAAAAAAAAAACGUAAUUUUGAAAAAAUAAGCACAACACGAUUUUGGAAAAAAAACAUCCUGUUUGAAAAAAAGCGCAGCGCAAAUUCAAAAUUAAAACGCGAUUUCAAAAAAAAAGCACAAUGUGAAUUUGAAAAAAAGCACAACGCGAUUUCGGAGAAAAGCACAACGCGACUUCAAAAAAAGCACCACGGGAUUUCUGGAAAAAAAAGCACAACGCGAUUUCAAAAAAAAUCAAAAUAAAGCACAACGCGAUUUUGGGAAAAAGCACAAUGCGAUUUCAGUAAAAAAGCAAAAUAAAGCACAACGCAAUUUUGUAAAAAAAAGCACAACACGAUUACAGAAAAAAAGCACAACGCGAUUUCAGUAAAAAAAAAGCACGACGCGAUUUCAAAAAACAGCACAACGUGAUUUCGGUAAAAAAUAGCACAACGCGAUUACAAAAAAAAGCAAAAUAAAGCACAACGCGAUUUCGGUAAAAAAAAGCACAACGCGAUUUCGUUUAAAAAAAAAAGCACAACGCAAUUUUGGUUAAAAAAGCACAACGCGAUUUCAAAUAAAAAGCACAAUGUGAUUUCGAAAAAAAAGCACAACGCAAUUUCAAAAAAAAGCAAAAUAAAGCACAACGUGAUUUUGGGGGGAAAAGCACAACGCGAUUUCGGUAAAAAAGCAAAAUAAAACAACGUGAUUUUGAAAAAAAAGCAAAAUAAAGCACAACGCGAUUUUGAAAAAAAGCACAACGCAAUUUCAGUAAAAAAAAAGCACUACGCAAUUUCGGAAAAAAGCACAACGCGAUUUUAAAAAAAAAGCACAACGUGAUUUCAAAAAAAAAGCACAAUGCAAUUUCAAAAAAAAGCAAAAUAAAGCACAACGCGAUUUUGGGGGAAAAAGCACAACGCGAUUUCGGUAAAAAAACAAAAUGAAGCACAACGCGAUUUCAAAAAAAAGCACAACGCGAUUACAGAAAAAAAAGCACAAUGUGAUUUUGAAAAAAGCAAAAUAAAGCACAACGCGAUUUCGAAAAAAAACAAAAUAAAGCACAAUGCCAUUUUGAAAAAAAAGCACAACGCGAUUUCAGUAAAAAAAAAAAGCACAACACAUUUUCGGAAAAAAAGCACAA